CGGUGAUGCAGGCGCCUAGACAAACACAGCUCGCGUACUCCUCCACGCCUUCCUUGGCCUCUCCUUUCCCAGUCCACGCUACGAGUCUGGGCAACCAAUCUGCCAAGGCAGCACCCUCAGUCCUUAAAAGCAUUGCCAUCCCACUUCUUUUUCGUUGGCCUCCCCCCAGUCGCUGUCGUCGUCUCCCCAGUCACCAGCAUUUCGUGUUUUUGGCAUCUCUAUCGAAUUCGGUUCUCGUGGCUUGGAAUCCUGCAUUUGCGAAUCUGCAUCUACAAACUCUCGCCGGCAUUUCUUAGACAACGAACGUUCACAACGUCACAUCGCUAGACGUACACCACCCCGACGACAUCGAUCCGGAACCCCUAAAACCGAAUAGGACCCGAAUAUCGCAAUGGUUGCUCGUAACCUGCCUCUUGCCGCCCUCGCGGCAAGCGCAUCCGCUCUAUCGGCUCGUCGCGACGAUACACAGUCUUCUGGUGGUGUCGGUGCCAUUUCUUUGCCUGUCUACCAAGACGUCAGACUGCACCCUCUGGACAAGCUGCGCAGAAGACAGGUCUCGGAUACAGACGCUCCAGUUCUCAACGUGACCACGACUACCUAUCUGAUUGAGCUGAACAUUGGUACGCCCGGCCAAGACACAAAGGUUGCCAUUGACACUGGUUCCUCCGAACUCUGGGUCAACCCCAACUGCGCCAACGCUGGCAGCAGCGCACAGACACAAUCUUGCAGAGCCAACGGCCAGUACGACCCUCAAGACUCUUCGACUUCGUCUGUUUAUCGCCAGACGGGCCGCAUUAAGUAUGGAAAGGGAGAGGUUGUCCUGCAAUAUGUCAGCGAUAACAUCACGCUUCCCGGCAGCGACAUCGCACUCCGAGACACAAUCUUUGGCUAUGCCACUGACAGCGUUGACCUUAACAGAGGUAUCCUCGGCCUGAGCUUCGGCGAGGCGACCAACAACACCGGGUACCCGACCGUGCUUGACGAGAUGAAGGCCCAGAACAUCGUUGAGUCUCUCACCAUUGGUAUUGCGCUCGGAACCAAGGACGAGAAGACGGGUAGCGGUCUCAUUUCCUUCGGCGGUGUCGAUACGAAGAAGUUCAGCGGAACCCUGCACUCGGCGCCCAUCCUUGGGCCUCAGAACAACGAGAACCUGUGGAGGUACUGGGUUCAGCUUGAUUCUGUGGGCCUGAGCAAGUCGGGAAGCAGCUCCAAGACUUACUCCAACUCCCAAUUCCCCGUCUUCUUCGACACUGGCGCCACCCUGAGCUAUCUUCCAUCAGCCAUCGUCGACUCACUCGGAUCUGAUUUGGGAGGCAACCUUGACUCAUCCGUCAACAUGUAUGUGGUACCUUGCAGCGUCACAGGCACCAUCGACUUCAAGUUUGGCGACUACACCAUGAAGGUACCCAUUCAGGAGUUCAUCUGGAACGUGGGCAACAACCAGUGUGUCCUCGGAGCUGAUAAGGCAACCGACGGCUCGUACCUGCUUGGUGACUCGUUCCUCCGUUCGACUUAUGUUGUUUUCGACCAGGAGACACCCGCCCUCCACUUUGCCCCCUACAACAACUGUGGUUCGAACCUUCAGAAGAUUCCCCUGGGCGCGAAUGCGGCGGCAAAGUUCACUGGCGAGUGCUCUACCUCCACUGCCCCCAGUGGUAGCAACCCGACUGGCACCGGCAACGCUGCUGGCCGUUCAACGUCCACCAACCUCUGGCUUGCAGCCGGUGCUUUGGUCGGCGUACAGGCCUUCAUGUCCUUCCUUUAAAUCCGCAUACAUAAUUGAACGGCUGAAUAUCACUGCAUGAAUCGGGAGUUGGGGCAGGAUCAAGAUGGUCGCCACGUUGGCGAAUAGAUGACGACGAAUCGAGCCUCCUGUACAUGGCGGAUCGCUUUAUACCCUCUUUCCCUGGCCAUGGGACUACAUAGUUUCUGUUAUUGAUUAAUGAACAAUUGAAACCCACAAGGGUUUCUAGAUUAUCUCACGAC